GGGGUCGGUUAAGGGAACGAGGGGUCGGUUAAGGGAACGAGGGAUCGGUUUGAGACAGACCCGCCGCCUCGGCCUUCCACUGGUUUAUCUAACGAACUUUACUUGACCUGAUACAGUAAUGGAACCGCCCUUAAUAUGGCGACGGGGACUCCGUUAAGAGGAAAAGUCGAGAACUCGAUAAUGCAGUAAUGAAACUGGAAACUUUAACUGAUAGCCGGCUGGAAUUUCUUUCUUUUUUAUUAAUUAAAAUUAAGUAUGCCGACUUUAUGUUUGGAGGAGUCGCUUUCUGUAAUGCUGUUUCAUGGUGUUUUGUAGAUGUUUGUAGUUUUGAGUCUGAAGAAAUUAGAUGUUUUACGGAUUAAUCACAAACGAGGCUGACGAGCUCCACUGCAGCGUGAUGACGUCGAAACUCCGCCGUGUUGGACGUCAGGCGGUUCAAAGAGGAGGAAAGAUGGCGGACAACAAAGGCCAAGCAGAGACGGAUAGCUCGGCUAGCAUGGAGUCAGAACCAGCUGCCACGGUAAACGGAGACUCUACCAGUCAGCCCGCCGAAUCGGCUAGCGUUACAGAAGCCGCCCCGAAGGACGGGGGCGACGGACAGUGCGGAGAAAAUGUUUCGCGAGUGUCGACACCCGCUGACGGCGGCGGCGGAGGGGAAAGCAGCGACAGCGCUGGAGGAGGAGGAGAAGGAGAGGGAGAAGGAGGAGGAGGAGGAGAAGUAAGCACCAGCCGUAGCAGCCCGGACGGCGACGGGAACGGGAGCGUAGAGACUGCCGAGACGUCGGGGGCCGCGGGUGACGGCGCAGCCCCGGCCACGGCCACGGCCACUGCCACUGCCACGGCUCCGGCUCCGGCUCCGGCCCCGGGCCCGGCCGCAGCCGCUGCCGCAGGCUCUUCCCCGGCUCCCCCAGCAGAGUCCUCGCCCGCCGCUCCUCCUGCGCCAGCCACCCCAAUAAACCUGCUGGAUACGUGCGCCGUGUGUAAACAGAGCCUGCAGAACCGCGACUGUGAGCCCAAACUCUUACCCUGCCUGCACUCGUUUUGCCUAAAAUGCAUCCCUCAGCCGGAGAGACAGAUCAGCGUGGGAGUCCCGGGCCCCCACGGCCAGGACACGCACAUCGUGAACGUCAUGCGGUGUACAGUGUGCUACCAGGAGUACAAACAGACAGACAUGAUAGACAAUUACUUUGUGAAGGACACGACAGAAGUCUCCAGCACUUCGACAGAGAAGUCUAUGCAGGUAUGCACCAGCUGUGAAGACAAUGCCAGCGCUAUUGGUUUUUGUGUGGAGUGCGGGGAAUGGCUAUGCAAGACUUGCAUUGAGGCACACCAGAGGGUCAAAUUCACCAAGGAUCAUACAAUACGUAAAAAAGAGGAGGUCUCUCAGGAGUCGGUGGGCUCAUCAGGACAGAGGACCGUGUUCUGUCCGAUCCACAAACAGGAGGCACUCAAACUCUUCUGUGAAACCUGUGACAAACUGACCUGCAGAGACUGCCAGCUGCUGGAGCACAAAGAACACAGGUACCAGUUCCUGGAGGAAGCCUUUCAAAAUCAGAAAGGAAUUAUUGAGACGUUCAUGUCAAAACUGCAGGAGAAGAAAAACUUUGUGCAGUUUUCUGCAGCUCAGGUGCAAAACAGACUGAAAGAGGCAACCGAGACACACAGGAAAGUUGAGCAUGAGAUUAAGAUUGCAGUCUUUACCCUCAUCAACGAAAUCAACAAGAAGGGCAAGUCUCUGCUUCAGCAGCUGGAGAGCGUGACAAAGGAGCGCACCAUGAAGCUGUACAACCAGCAGCGGGACAUAGGCUCAAUGGCACAACAGAUCCUACAUGUGCUGCGCUUCACUCACUGGGCCAUCAGCAAUGGCAGCAGCACGGCACUGCUCUACAGCAAGAGACUGAUCAUGUACCAGCUGCGCCAUAUCCUUAAGGUUCCUCUUGACCCGGUACCUCAGGCCAACGGAGCUGUUCGCUUCUUCUGCGAUCCCACCUUUUGGGCCAAGAACGUCGUCAAUCUUGGUAACCUGGUGAUUGAAAAAGUGCCCCCACCAGCACCGCAGCCUCCAAACAUGAUUGGACCACAGAUCUCCCCUGGACACAACGCUGCUGCAAAGCACCCUGGGCAAAUCAACCUUGCUCAGCUCCGACUGCAGCACAUGCAGCAGGCCGCUUUCGCACAGAAGCAGCAGCAUCAACAACAGCAUCAACAGCAGAUCCAGCAGCAAAUGCGCAUCGCAUCGCAGAUGUCUCAGCAUCCUAGACAGGGAGGACCCCCUCAGAUAAUGCAGCAACAGCCUCCGAGACUUAUAAGCAUGCAGUCGAUGCAGAGGGAGGGGGUUAACGGUUCCGCCCACAUGUAUCCCCCUCCCCACCACCUCCGCAUGACGGCCUCGCAGGGCCGCAUGCCUGUGGCCCAGCCCCGUCUGAACGGGCAGGCAUAUCCUAUGAUGCAACCGCAGCUUCAAAGACGGCAUUCCAACCCUGGCCAUGCGGGCCCCUUCCCCGUUGCAUCACUGCACAACGUCAGUGCUGCCAACCCUACCAGUCCUACCAGCGCCAGUAUGGCCAGUGCCCAUGGCCACCGGGGCCCCACCAGCCCUGUAGUGGGCCCCAUCGAGCUCAUUCCCUCAGUCACCAACCCUGAGAACCUGCCCUGCCUGCCUGACAUUCCCCCCAUCCAGUUGGAAGAUGCAGGUUCCAGCACCUUGGACAAUCUCCUUAGCCGAUACAUCUCCGCUAGUACGCAGCAACCUCUGGCACCUACUAAUAACCUUAACCCCUCACCAGGACCCUCAACGAACUCUCCAGGGUCAUCAGGGUUAUCAAACUCACUGACUCCAGCCCGGCCGUCCAGCUCCUCCAGUACAGGCAGCCGUGGCAGUUGUGGGUCGGCAGGUAGGUCCGGGACUGGGAGCACAGCUGUAGACCAGGUGAAGGUCAAACAGGAGCCAGGAGUGGAGGAAGAGUGUGGAUACUCUGGGGCCAACGUCAAGACUGAACGGGGCAAAGACGGCCGGCGGAGUGCUUGCAUGAUGAACAGUCCGGAGGCCAGCGUGACCCCUCCUCUCCCUGUCCUGGGUUCUGUGUCCACUGGAUCUGUACAGGAUGUUUUAAGAACCCUGGGAGAAAAUGUUAAAAUGGAGCCACAGAACCCGCCCUGCAGUAGCACAAACACUUCUCUGACUAACGGCAGCAUGGACGCUGGGAAUCAGGCCAUGUUUCAUCGCUCUCAGAGGACCAGCAGCAGCUCACAGGCUAAUGCUAACAGCCAGCCGGGCACAGAGGGCAAAGAGGAUGACCCAAAUGAAGACUGGUGUGCGGUGUGUCAGAACGGAGGAGAGCUUCUGUGUUGUGACCGCUGCCCUAAAGUCUUCCACAUCACCUGCCACAUCCCUACACUACGCGCCUCGCCCAGUGGAGACUGGAUGUGCACGUUCUGCAGAAGUCUGACCAAUCCAGAGAUGGAGUAUAACUGCGAUGAUGACCCUCCGAGUAAAAAAGACAAGAGUGAGCGGGGUCUGAGUUCAGAGGACCAGAGGAAAUGUGAGCGCCUGCUGCUCCAUAUAUUCUGUCAUGAGCUGAGUGUAGAGUUUCAGGAGCCAGUUCCUUCCUCGGUUCCCAACUACUAUAAGAUCAUAAAACACCCCAUGCACCUGAACUUGGUGAAGAGGAAACUGCAGCUAAAGCACCCGCAGCACUACCAGAACCCCAAAGAGUUUGUGUACGACGUCCGUCUGGUCUUCAGUAACUGCGCCAAGUACAAUGAGAUGUCUCGAAUAAUCCAGGUAUAUGAUGAAGAGAAACAGAGUAAUGUGCAGGCGGACUCGGAGGUAGCCGAGGCAGGCAAGGCCGUGAGUUUGUACUUCGAGGAGAAGCUGGCGGAGAUCUACCCUGACCAGAGCUUUCCGGUGGAAGCGGAAAAACGGACUCGGGAAGAGGAAGAGGAGGAGGCCGAAGACGACUCGGACGACGACUUCGUGCAGCCGAAGCGGAAGAGGUUAAAAAACGAUGAGAAAGUGUUGCACAUAAAGUGAAGAGGAACCUGCAGGAAGGAGGGACUGCAAAAAGAGAGUGUUUUUGGUCUUCCUCACAAUCUCCCUCUCGAUGUAUUAUGGCUGGCUGGCUGACCGGUAUUCAGAUUCCGUGAUUAUUAUUUCACCCUGCUUCGUCAUGAAGGGUUGCUAUAAAUAAGCAAGAAUUUUAAAAUAUGAACCAUGAGUCUUGAACUA